GAAGUCUAAAGGCCCAAGGACUGCAGGAAAGUGGCAGAGGGAAAGGUGGGGAAAGGUCCGCAUCCGAAAUGGCCGCCAACACCACUUGGGAAGAAAACGUUUAUGGAGAAUAUGAGGACUAUUCUGAUUCUGAAGAGGACCUUCCUCUCCGUGACUCCAUGCACACUCUCUCCAUGGUGGUCUACAGCAUCGCCUUUGUACUGGGGGUGGUUGGAAACGGCCUGGUCAUCUUCGUCACUGGCUUCCGCAUGAAGAGAACCGUCAAUACCAUCUGGUUUCUCAAUUUGGCCAUCGCUGACUUUGUCUUUACGUUCUUCUUGCCCCUGAGCGUGGCCCACACUGCCCUGGGCUUUCACUGGCCUUUCGGAAAGGCUCUCUGCAAGCUUAACAGUACGGUGGCCUUCUUCAACAUGUUUGCCAGUGUCUUCCUCCUUACUGUUAUCAGCAUGGACCGCUGUAUCUCAGUGGCGUGUCCAGUCUGGGCCCAGAACUGCCGCACAGCCCGGCUGGCGUCGCUGGUAGCGCUAGGCGUCUGGGCAGCCGCCCUCAUGCUCAGCUUCCCACAUCUUGUGUUCCGUGACACCAGAAAGUCACCCACCAAUGAGAACAUUACUCACUGCUACAACAAUUUUGCCUUGUCCACCGAAUUUCAGUCAGAGGAAGUCGUCAGGCUGGAACAAUAUCGACACCGCGCCAUAGUGUUGACCCGUUUUGUGGCUGGCUUCCUGGUGCCAUUCACUAUCAUUUUGGUCUGUUAUGGCAUCAUUGCAGCCAAGUUGAAGGGAAACCGGCUCGUCCGCUCUGGGAGGCCCUUCAAAAUCAUGGUGGCCGUGGUCUUGGCCUUCUUUAUUUGCUGGUUCCCUUACCACGUCUUCUCCUUCCUCGAGAUGUCGUUAGCUGUGGUAACGCCGUGGCAACAGACUCUUCUGGUGGUGGGAACACCAUUGGCUUCAGGCUUGGCCUAUCUCAACAGCUGCCUGAAUCCUUUCUUGUACGUCUUUGUGGGGCAGGAUUUCAGAGAAAAGUUGCGGAUGUCCCUCCUCGCAGCUUUCGAGAGUGCCUUCAGUGAGCCUUCAGCCCAGGUUUCCCUGCCUUUCACUAAGAGCAAAUCUAGCUCGGGUGUUGACAAUCACCUGGUCUAGAAAGCCCAAGUCUAGACCAGAACCCUUGGG